AUGCCUGAUAUGGGGCAUAUUAUUGCCACAUCUCAAUCAAGUGAAACCAAGCUACGUAAGAUUGCCAUUGGUUUUGUUGACGAUGAUCACUAUGUCCAUGUUCAUUUGUCUCCAGAUCAUCCUAUUCCACCAGUUUCUAGAAUGUGGCGUGAACAAAGUGACAAAUGCGAUGUAACACAUUUGUACUCGAGGUACCAUGCGCGUGUGGAUGCAUUUCAACAACUUCCGAGGGUGGAGAAUGUAGCUACUACAGAUGCGGUCAUCUUAAUGACUAAAGAAAAAUGCACCCACUAUAGAGUAGCAGCUACAUCUUCAACCUCUGUGUCAACAUUACUAUCAAGAGUAGGAGCUACAUCUUCAACCUCUAUCGUAUCCUCAAAGUGA